CCUCAAAAUUUUAUCACAUUCUAGUUUUGAAGUUCCGGAGAGCUCCCUGCUCAGCUUCCAAGUAUCCGUUUACCCCAACACUCGCAGUUCUGGGCCUUUGGCCUUAUCCUCACGUACCGCUACAAUGGCUAUCUUAUGCUUUCCACUCUCCUUCAAUGCCAUUAAGCCCCAGGACACUCGUCUCCUCCACCUCUCUCUCCGCUGGUCAAACCCUAAGCACAUCCGUCUCCUCUAUAGACGCCGGUUGGCGGUUGCUUCACGGAGGAAUGGGUUCCCUUCUGCGAGCACUUCCUUGGAACUGCAUCGUACUCUGCACGGGCCUGAAACUGGAGGCCAAACUUCGGUGCCAACUUUCCAAGAGGCUAUUCAGCGCCUUCAGGAAUAUUGGGCUUCAGUUGGGUGUUCAGUAAUGCAGUGUAGCAACACUGAGGUUGGAGCGGGCACCAUGAAUCCUCUAACUUUCUUGCGUGUUCUUGGUCCGGAGCCCUGGAAUGUUGUCUAUGUUGAACCUAGUGUACGGCCAGAUGACAGCCGCUAUGGUGAGAAUCCUAACAGACUCCAGCGUCACACCCAAUUUCAGGUUAUCUUAAAGCCUGAUCCUGGGAAUGCACAGGAUCUCUUCAUUGAUAGUCUUUCAGCAUUAGGAAUCAAUGUGAAAUCGCAUGAUAUUCGCUUUGUUGAAGACAAUUGGGAAAGUCCGGUUCUUGGUGCGUGGGGUUUAGGUUGGGAAAUAUGGAUGGAUGGGAUGGAGAUUACACAAUUCACAUACUUUCAGCAAGCUGGAAGUCUUCAAGUGAAGCCUGUUUCUGUGGAAAUAACUUAUGGCCUUGAACGCAUCUUAAUGUUGCUGCAAGAGGUAGACCAUUUCAAGAACAUAAGAUAUACUGAUGAAAUUUCAUACGGCGAGCUUUUUUUGGAAAAUGAGAAGGAAAUGAGUGCAUAUUAUUUGGAGCAUGCGAAUGUAGAAAAUGUACUCAAGCAAUUUGAAAGUUAUGACGAAGAUGCUCGAUCUUUGUUGUCUAUCGGGCUACCUAUUCCUGCGUAUGAUCAAUUGUUGAAGGCCUCUCAUGCUUUCAAUAUCCUGGAUUCCAGAGGCUUUAUCGGUGUUACCGAACGCGCUAGAUAUUUUUCUCGCAUGCGCAGUUUAGCCCGAGAAUGCGCUCAACUAUGGGUGAAGUCCAGAGAGAUGCUUGGGUUUCCCUUGGGCAUUUCAUCUGAAGAAAACAGCGCUAUAUUCUCUAAAAUUCUUGUCACUGAGCAAGCAAAGCAGGUACUGCAAGUUCCCAGUGCCUUUGUUCUUGAGAUUGGAACUGAAGAAAUGCCACCUCAUGAUGUAGUUGAUGCAAUUGAGCAACUUAAAAGUUUUAUUUUGCUGACACUAGAAAAACGGCGAUUGGGCCACGGAGAAGUUGUGGCUCAUGGUACGCCACGUCGACUAGUGAUAUGCAUUGAAAAUCUCAGUUUAAGGCAGGGAGAUAAUGAGGUUGAGAUACGUGGACCACCUGCAACAAGGGCAUUUGAUCAUGAUGGAAAGCAUACUAAGGCUGCAGAGGGUUUCUGUCGUAAAUACUCAUUACCAAUUGAUCAUCUAUACAAAAGAGUUGAUGGCAAAACAGAAUAUGCUUAUGUUCGAGUGAGAGAAUAUGCACGAAGUGCUUUGGAGGUUUUGGCUGAGGAUCUUCCAAAUGUUUUAUCUAGGAUAACAUUUUCAAAAUCUAUGCGCUGGAAUUCCCAGGUCAUGUUUAGCAGGCCAGUUCGCUGGAUAUUGGCUUUACAUGGUGAUCUUGUUAUUCCGUUCAAUUUUGCAGGAGUUUCAAGUGGGAAGCAAUCCUAUGGCCUGCGUAAUUCUCAUUCAGUUCUUCUAGAGGUGAUGCAGAAAUACCAGAAGUAUUUUCCAGUAACUGAUGAAUCAAGCAACAGGCUACUUCCAUUCUUUAUAGUUGUUGCGAAUGGUAUGUUAAACAAAAGUGUUGUUCAAAAAGGAAAUGAAGCUGUGCUGAGAGCUCGCUUUGAGGAUGCAAACUUUUUCUAUAAGAUGGAUACUCAGAAGAAGUUGUCUGAAUAUCGAGGUUACCUGAAUGGCAUCCUCUUUCAUGAAAAGUUAGGGACAAUGCUCGACAAGAUUGCACGUGUCCAGAAUAUAGUUGUUAAAUUAGCUCUUGCACUGGGCCUUGGCGAGGAUGUUUUUCCCAUUGUUGAAAAUGCUGCAGCACUGGCCAUGUCCGAUCUUGCAACAUCAGUUGUGACAGAGUUCACCUCCCUAUCUGGAGUAAUGGCACGCCAUUAUGCUCUAAAGGAUGGUUACUCUAAGGAGAUUGCAGAAGCACUUUUCGAGAUCACUCUUCCCAGAUUUUCUGGGGAUUUACUUCCAAAAACUGAUGCGGGGAUCGUUUUAGCAAUUGCUGACAGCUGGAUAAGGGCAUACGUUCUGAGAUAGUUCAUUCCAUACUCUCGGAGCGCGCAAAUUGGCCUUUUAUGGCUGCACAAUCAGCAAUUGAUAUGGAAGAAUUUUCCAAAAGUGACCUUUUCCACGAAGUGAUUGAGGUGUAUUCACGACCAACUAGGAUUAUUCGUGGAAAGAGUUUUGAUGCUGAUUUGGAGGUGACUGAGACUGCCUUCGAACAUAAUGAAGAACAAGUCUUGUGGGAUGCAUAUCUAGGAGUGGCAAAAAAAAUUCAUGCUGGUGUUGACAUAAAUACGUUUCUUACAACCUCUUUACAAUUGAUACGGCCACUUGAGGAUUUCUUUAAGAGCGUUUAUGUUAUGACGGAUGAUCAAAGAGUCAGGAAUAACAGGCUGGCGCUUCUUAAGAGAAUUGCAGAUCUGCCCAAAGGGAUUGCUGAUCUCUCAGUUUUGCCAGGUUUUUAGAAGUUCCUGCUUGCCGCGGGCUGUUAAAUUAUUUGUUCAUUCUUUAAUAAUCUCGGAAUAAUGUGUUUUCCUCGGCUAGCAAUUUCGCUAUUUAUACAAUUCUAUAAUCUCUCAUUUUGUCCCCUUGAUGGCACUGCUUAUAUUCGUUGUCACUAAUGCAAGUCCUUUUAAAUUUAUGUUGUUUUGUGGUUUGAUCAUGAAUCUAUAUAGCGCUUGAACUAAAA